UUGUUCUUCCUUUUCUGUUCCCCCCCGCCAGUUUCAGUGAACUCGAUCAGUGUCCCUCCUUGUAUGGGCCGUAUUGUCAGAGGCGCGCGGGCGCAUGUGUGUGUUUUGUGUUUGGUUCACUCCUCCACGGCGCAGGAUCUUUCCAUCGCUUCCGCGGAAGAACCCGUCUCUGCUGUCCCACUAAAGAUGGAGCUAUCUGCGGCAGGCGACCGUGUGUUUGCCGCUGAAGCCAUCCUGAAGCGCCGCGUCCGUAAGGGACGGAUGGAGUACCUAGUGAAAUGGAAAGGAUGGGCAAUAAAGUAUAGCACAUGGGAACCUGAGGAGAACAUCUUAGAUGAACGACUCGUUGCAGCGUUUGAACAAAAAGAGCGAGAGCAAGAGAUGUACGGACCUAAAAAGAGAGGCCCAAAACCUAAAACGCUGCUUCUAAAGUCAAGAGCGCAGGCUGCAGAGACUUCCCCAAGAGUCCCGGAGUUCAAGCAUAGUCGUCCUCAGCCGCAUUCCAAGCCUCCUCCUCCACCCUCAGCUGCUCCGUCCUACACCCCAACUGCCCCAUCUAAUGCUAAACUGCAGUCGGGCGCUGCUCAGCCCAAACUGAAAAAAGACAUUCACCGCUGCCAUCGCAUGGCACGUCGCCCCUUGCCCCGCCCGGACCAAACGGUCGGUCCCUCUGGUCCUUUUUCGUCCCGUCCGACAGUCAGUCCGUUCUCGGAAACGGUCCGUAUUCUCAAUCGAAAAGUCAAACCCAGGGAAGUGAAGAAGGGACGUGUUAUUCUGAACCUCAAAGUGGUUGACAAGGCGGGGAAUGGCGGAGUUGCUAAUAGUAGAAGGACACACAUGCCCGCUGCCCAGCAGUCCCAUUUCGGGCGGCAGAAAAUUCCAUCCCGGAAUAGAGUGAUUGGUAAAAACAGGCGGUUUGGAGAAGUGUCCUACCGAGGAAUCCAGUCCCCAAUUAGAAGUUCUGGGUUUCCAGUUUUCGGAAAACUCUUCGAUUCUCACUCUCUGAACAAUGCAGAGAACCAGAUUCAAAGCGGAGAGAGUCGCAACAACACAAACAAUCUCUCUUCCUCCAAAAGUUCAAAGGUCCUGGAUGUUUCCAAAGGUCAGACUCUCAAUGAUGAACUGCCUCCGUCAAACUCGAGCUCGGAAGUUUCGGAUGGCGAGCCACCCUCUCUGCGACAAACCCAAUCCCAGCAUUCCUCAUUGCCACCCAAGACCUCUGCAACAAACACCCAAGAUCCUGCCCUUCACAAAGUGGGCGCUCAACCCGUGGCAUCCAAAAACAGCUCGGGUCCUUCUGCUCUUCCAUCCUCUCCUAUGUUUUCCUCUUCCUCCUCAGCUUCAUCAUCUUCAGAAGACAACGAACACAUCCUAGACCUUUCCGUACCUCAUGAAAUGGACAGGCGACUGCGGAGACGGCAUCCCUUCUCUGGCCGUCGGCCGCUCAAGGUCCCAGAGGUUCCCGUGUCGGAGGAGCCAUCGGAGGAAGAGGAAGAUUUGGACUGGCAUCCUGACAUGACAUCCCGAUGUGCCAAUGUGGUCGUUACGGAUAUCACAGCUAACCUCCUCACCGUAACCAUCAAGGAGUUCUGUCACCCCCCGUCCGCUACCUCUCCUCCCUGCUACCCCAAAAAUAAAUCAGCUCAAAAUGACACACAACAGCCAAAGCAUCCCUCUAACAAAAGUCUGAAUCUCUUCGUUAUCUUUUUUUUUUUUCUUUUCAUUACUGAUUUUAUAACCGCCAACCUGAAGUUCAUCGUUGUCAUUUUGGCCGCCGGGAUGGUGGCGUUUAUCGGAGCGGUCAUCUGCAUCAUCGCCGCGGUCCACAGCGGAUCUCCACCGGCAUCCGCGGCCGCAGCGCAGCCCCUAGCCGACAACCAGUCACUGUCACCGGGCGCAACCGGGAAGGCGUUUUCCUCCGGGUCCGUCGCCCGAGCAGGACCGCUGGACGCUCUUCACGGUACUACUGAUGCGACAAGUAGGGAACGAGGAGGACCGGAGGCGCCAACAUUCUACGGUUUAACAGGGCUAGGGACCGGAGGAAGCGAACAGCAGGUUACCUACAGCAGACUCAUCUGCACCCCUGUCCCCGCUGGUGAGUGCAACCCGAAAAACUUUCAGCAACAAGCGGACGACCAGUCGUUAUACGCGGGAGAGGAUUGGGGGUACCUCCGCACCACCGCCGAGGAGCUCCGGCAGACCGUCCUACAGCAGAAAGAUGAGAUCCUCACGGACCAGAGAACCAUACGAGAGCUAACGGGAAAGCUUUCGGAAUGCGAGAGCGGUUUGAAGGGACGGAAGGUCCCAGAACGGAGCGCAGGACUUGGGGAUGCGCGAAAAGAGAAUAAGGAGCAACUAAUGAUGCGGGACGAUGCGGGAUCCUCAAUGCGGACGGCUCAUGCGGUGGAGGAGCUGGUGCAUGCCAUAACUCAAAUGAAAGACCGCAUUGAGAAACUGGAGUCUGAAAUAGCACCACCAGCAUUCAAUCACACCGACUCAAGCUCACGGAAAGAAGCAGGUACUGCCUCUAGCGCUGCCCGUAAACCAGCUGCACAGAGACGAGUGGAGGACCUGGAAGGAGAACUGAAGAGAAAGAUAAAACUGCUGGAGGAAGAGAGGAAAGCUCUGCGCAAAGAGACACAGAAACAUCAGGAGCAUAUUGAUUAUGGACUGGACACUGUACACCAGCGGAUAAGCAGCCUGGAGAAAGGUCUCUCUGAGAACAAGUUUCCAGAGGGUUACACGCUCUCGUUCCCUGUACGCAGCACUUCCAUGUAUGCUAUCAUAAAGCAGGAAAUCCCCAUCCUCCACACUUUGACUGUCUGCAUGUGGCUCAAACCUGCAAAGAGCAUCUUGGGAACAACAGUUUCUUAUGCUGUUUCUGACCAGAGCCAUGAGUUUGUGCUUCAGCAGUUGGUUCAUGGACCCAUCGAGCUCAUCAUUAAUAAUGAGGUGGCGCACUUACCUCUCAACUUAACAGUGGGCAGAUGGCAGCAUAUGUGUGUGAGCUGGAACCGGAGAGCUGGAGCGUGGCAUGCCUACCUAGGGGGCAAGCUAAAGAGUGAAGGAAGUGACCUGGCAACCCGUCACAGCAUCCGACGAGGAGGAACUCUCAUACUUGGCCAAGAACAGAGCUCAGUGGGUGGUCUUCGUUUCGAGGCGUCGCGGGCUAUGGUGGGAGAGCUGUCUCAGUUUAAUAUGUGGGACCGGCUGCUUUCACACACAGAGCUCUCUGCUCUUGCCCACUGCAGCACAGGGAUGCUGGGUAAUGUAGUCCCCUGGACCAGCCGUGAGGUAGAGGUUUUCGGAGGCGUCACCAAGCAACCGGCCGAACAUUGCGAGCAUCGCACCAGCGUCACACAGUAAUAAUCUCCUGAGGGUUUGUUUAAAGGGUCAGAGAGUCAAAGACGGGGUUUCAGAAUUGGAAAAGAUUCAUCAGAAAACCACGCCACCAUCAGAUAUGUAUGUUGAGUUCAAGGCAAAGUUUUUUAGUGGUGUUUGCUGAAACAAGCCUCACUAUUAUUACUGCUCAGGGGUAGUGAUUUGAACAAACCCCUAACUCUAAGUGUUAAAUUUCAGCGCAUAGCUCGUCCCACACCAUCUGUGCUACAAACAAGAAUGAUACCUCAAAUUGUGAGACUAGUUGAGGAAAAAUGUGCACUUAUUUUUCUAAGCAAGCCAAGGAAUUUUCACUUGGUGGAUCGUAAAAUGGGUACAAAUAUCCUAUAGACUUAAGGUGAUGAUACACAGGGCAAGUUUUUGAGCAAUGUUGCCGAGCGAUGCUGCUUGGGCACUUUCCCAUUGAGAAUGGGCAACAAAUUUCGAUCUAAAUAUCCAAUGGGAAAGUGCCUGAGCAACAUCACCUUAAAGGUUUAGUUUACCCAAAAAUGAAAAUAAUGUAAUUUAUUACUCACCCUUAUGUCAUUCCACACCUGUAAGACCUUCGUUCAUCUUCGGAACACAAAUUAAGAUAUUUUUGAUGAAA